UUAAAUAAUUAAAGCCAUAUUUUUAACUUAUUUACUCAGUCUAUAAUUGAUUUUAUUAGAAUAAGGAUAAACAUCACAUUCUUGAAAUUCACUUAAUCAUUUUCUGCUUAAAAAUCUUCUCCAGAAGCAUACCAAACCCAAGGACACAAUCAAAAUCUGUUACGAUUUAAACUUAGGAAGGUUUUUUUUGUAGUUAUGAUAGGCCAAUCUUGUCAAGCAAAUAUAGAUUAUCAAUUAUUAGAUACUUUUUGCAAGGAUAUAUGGAGCCUCUGCCAUUGAGCAUUGUACUGCUGCUCUGUUUUAUUCUUAUUCUAAGUGUUAAACUGUUGUGUGAAGUUUUUAUUUCACAUCAAUUCAAUAUAAUUAGGUCAGAAUUUAAACACAUUGCCAUGGAAAAGAUAAAAUAAGGAAAAGAGAUUUAUUAACUAAUGAUAGAAAUUGAGAAAUGGUCGGCUCCUCUCUCUCCUUUUUGUCUCAUUUUAUUAUCUUUGUCUCAAACCACUCAAUCCAUCUUUAUGAAGAUGGCUCACCUAUAGCGCCACAAAUCAUUUGGAAGAAAAAUUCCUUGGGUGCUGAUACUAUGAUGAUCAGAAUGUAGGAAAAUUAGAAGAGGAUUUUUUGUGGAGAAUAUUUUUAUUAGAAGAGAUAAUGAUAGAAAUUAAGCACAUAAAUAAUAAAUUAGUAAACUGAUUAGAGAAUAUGAGAAGAAUUGACAUUUAUGUUGGAAUUAUGGAAAUUAAGAGAUUAGGGACAGUUUACCUUAAUAUAUGGGCCCUUUGCUAAUGAUGUCUUUAUAAUUUACUAACUGGAGUUUUGAUUAUUUUCUUUCAGUUGUUUACUUGAUCUUCCCAACAUUUAUUUAUUGCCUACUGACUGUGCUUACACCAUGAGAAGCAAUUUUGUGUGGUGAUUAAGUCUCACCUCUUUCCUUUAAUCUAAUAUGGCAUAAUGACCUUAGAUGAACUGCCUGACUCCUUUGUGAAAGGGUGAUAAUGUUGAGUGUAUCACGAGAGUGCUACAAAGUACACAGAUAAAGACAAUGGAGGAAUGCUUGUAUGGUCUCCAUAUCACAGUAUCCCAGAUGCCAAAUUGGAUGAAUAUAUUGCAAUUGCAAAGGAGAAGCAUGGCUACAAUGUGGAACAGGCACUUGGCAUGUUGUUCUGGCAUAAACAUAAUAUUGAGAAGUCCCUUGCUGAUCUCCCUAAUUUCACUCCCUUUCCGGAUGAGUGGACAGUGGAAGAUAAAGUCCUAUUUGAACAAGCCUUUAGUUUUCAUGGAAAGAGCUUUCACAGGAUUCAGCAAAUGCUUCCAGAUAAGACAAUUGCAAGCCUUGUAAAAUACUACUAUUCCUGGAAAAAAACUCGAUCUAGGACAAGUUUGAUGGAUCGCCAGGCUCGUAAACUAGCCAAUAGACAUAAUCAGGGUGACAGUGAUGAUGAUGUGGAAGAAACACACCCAAUGGAUGGGAAUGAUAGUGAUUAUGAUCCCAAAAAAGAAGCCAAAAAAGAGGGUAGUACUGAACAACCUGUCCAAACUAGCAAGAUUGGACUUGGAAGGAGAGAGUAUCAGAGUUUACAACAUCGCCAUCAUUCUCAGCGUUCUAAGUGCCGUCCACCUAAGGGCAUGUAUUUAACCCAGGAAGAUGUGGUAGCUGUUUCCUGUAGUCCCAAUGCAGCCAACACCAUCCUGAGGCAACUGGACAUGGAGUUGAUCUCUCUAAAACGUCAGGUUCAGAAUGCUAAGCAAGUAAACAGUGCACUUAAACAGAAAAUGGAAGGUGGAAUUGAAGAAUUCAAACCUCCUGAGUCAAAUCAGAAAAUUAAUGCCCGUUGGACCACAGAGGAGCAGCUUCUAGCAGUGCAAGGUGUCCGCAAAUAUGGUAAAGAUUUUCAAGCUAUUGCAGAUGUAAUUGGCAACAAGACUGUUGGCCAAGUGAAGAACUUCUUUGUAAACUACAGGCGUCGGUUUAACUUAGAGGAGGUAUUGCAGGAAUGGGAAGCAGAACAAGGAACCCAGGCUUCUAAUGGUGAUGCUUCUACUUUAGGGGAGGAGACAAAAAGUGCUUCUAAUGUGCCAUCAGGGAAGAGCACUGAUGAAGAAGAGGAGGCACAGACCCCACAGGCUCCUCGGACUCUGGGUCCAUCACCUCCUGCCCCAUCAUCCACUCCAACACCAACAGCCCCCAUUGCCACUCUGAACCAGCCUCCACCACUUCUUCGUCCAACACUGCCUGCUGCCCCUGCUCUUCACCGGCAGCCUCCUCCACUCCAGCAGCAGGCUCGGUUCAUCCAGCCCCGGCCAACUUUAAAUCAGCCUCCACCACCUCUCAUUCGCCCUGCUAACUCUAUGCCACCCCGUCUAAACCCAAGACCAGUGUUGUCCACGGUUGGUGGUCAGCAGCCACCAUCACUUAUUGGAAUUCAGACAGAUUCACAGUCCUCACUGCACUAAAAAUUAAAUUGGACAGAGCUGCAGUAACUUCUCACCCCACCAUUAUACCAGUGCUCAUCUGACUGAUGUAAAGGAGGAAAGAAUAAUCCUUCCUAGAUACUGAGGCUGCGAAUUAGUUCUGUGGCAGUGGACUAGCAUAAGUGGAUGUCUAAGAAAUUUUUCAGUUCCUUAUACAACAAACAGCCUCUAGUUAGCCUCCUUUCUAGAGUAUACGUUCAGCAACGUGUUCUCAUAAAAGGAAAAAAAAAUUUAUGUAUUCUAUAUACCAAGGGUUUUUUUUGUUUGUUUUUACUGUAUUUAUUUUAUUGAGGUUCUUUAUAUUCCUGCCUCUUCAUAGUCAAGGCUCUUAGUACAGGAAUUUUGACUUAGGAAUUGUGAAAACUCCUUAAGUUUCUUAAGUUAAGGAUGUUUGGCUUUUGUUUUCUUUAAUUUAAUUUUUUAAAAACAUUUUCCUAUGUUAGGAGUGCAAGAAUAAAUAGCCUGCAUUUCAGAUUUUGACAUGUUCAUUUUAUGCAUAUUUAAGAAAUUAUAGCUACAUAUCCCUUUUUUCAAAAAACGUUGCUUUUUUUCCUAAAGGAAUUUUAAUAUAUUCCUUUAAAAGAAAGCAAUUUAAUCAAUUGCAAAGCAAUUAUAUGAAACCACAAAGAAUGUACUGAACCUACUAACCCUUUAACAUACAGUUUAGGGUCCUAGUGCAAAGUCCUUGUUUAUAGGUCGUUGACCUGUCAUCAGUAAUGAGAGGAUUGGAAUAAUAAUUUUACAUACAAAUGAGGACUUAAUUUGUUGAAAUAUAAUGUCUUUAAGUUCCUUGAAAAUGAAGUUAAUUUUGAAAAAAAAUUUUUUUAUGUUUCUAAAUGCUAUCUGCUUUUAACUAGUAGUUGCCUACACUUGGGGACUUUAGAAAAGAAUUAUAUUUUGUCAGUUAUGUAGAGAUAAUGGUUAUGGAUGCAUUUAUUUACAAUACCCUUUUUGUGUUUAGUUUAUGAGCUUCAAAUUGCCCUCAUACUUAAUAAUAUGGUCUGCAUUUGAUAUGAAGGGUGUUUUCUUGAUAAAUCUCUAUUGUACUAUUUGGAUACAUUUGUGUAUUCCUUGCAGCCAACCUGUACUCGUGGGAUUGGUUUAGGGUUAAAUCAUCAACAUUAUUUCAUAAAAUAAAUUUAAGAAUUUGUUCUGUGUUAUCUAAAGAUGUAUCAGUAUAUUGUCACAAUUGUGCUGUUAACUAAAAAUGCUGAGACCCCUUUUUAUAAAGAAACAAAAAGACAUUUCAAGGCUUGUUACUUCACAUAAUCAUUAAGCACUUACAAAGAAUAUUUUACAAGUGAUAGUAUUUCAGUGUGUUACUAAUAUUUUUGAUACAAUGAUUUCAUAUUGGAAUCAUGAUUUAUGCAGAGGGACAGAUCACUUAGAUUGCUAUAUACUAGUGGAACAUAAAGCUAAAUGUUUGCACAUUCACACUCUUACCAUGUUUAGAACUACUUCAUGAAAUGACACGUAAGGCCCUAAUUUAUGUUUUGAAAGGUCAUGUAUUCCCAAAAUACAGGAAAAAUAGUCCCUACCAUUGGCUCUACAGCAUUAAAGAGCUGUAGGUUUAAAUUCAUUGAUUAGUUUUAAUUUUCAAUUUUAGACCACUUCUUUCCUUAAAGACUCUUAAGUUCUGGCAUAAUCUAAAACUUUUUUCCAGCAUGGGUCCUUUUGUUUCUCGUUGGCUCAUCUUAAAUAGUUCUUGCCCCUGGAUUAUAACCAGAUAAAAUUUAACUGAUAAAAAAUUCUUAAUAUUCAAGAAUGUAUAAUUAUUUUUUCUUUAAAAGCCUCGGGUGACAGUUAUAUAUCUUAAAAGAAAAUAUCUAAAGCAUUUUUUAAAGCACUUAGAUUGUCUUGCAUAUGUGGAUACUAUACCUUUACAGCUUUCCUUGUCUUGUCUCUUGUCAGUAGACCUUCAGUACACAGUAUGUGGGAUGUCAGUCAAGUUGGUCAGCACCAGCAUCUGUCCAGCUGUUCAGUAUAUUGUGAUUCAUAUAAAAUCUGUUCUAUCCCAGACAUGGACCAAGGUGCUGUAUCUGAGGGAUGUGCUGUAAUUUGAUUUACGUACAUUAGAGCACACAGUAGAAAAAUCUUAGCUUCGUUAGUAAUAUGACACAUGUAUAUAGUGAGAUGUCUUUAUUGUGUGCUUUGCAUAUUUUGUAAAUAUUUUGCACGUCAUUAUUUUUCUUUUUUGCUUAAGCAGUGUUUGGCCUGGAAGAGUGAUAUGCUUGCUGCUUAAUCAAAGGAUUAAAGAUUUAAAGAUGUC